AUGAACGUACGUCAUAAUCAUAAUGAUGCGGUGAGCUUGCGAUGGAUGAGGAAAAAUCGUCGCAAGAUUAUCAUUCAAGUAGUUAAAGUUGAAGUUCUUACUGGUGAACAUCUCUUCAGAAUAAAAACUAUCAUCAUGUUCGGGAAGUGUGAACAUCAUUUAAAAACUGAUUCCCAAGAAAAUAGUAAUCGGUGCAUUCGCUGGAUUGGCUAUUUUAAUACUUAUCAUAACAGCGUGCAUAAGAUAAAAUUCAUAAGCGCAUCGCCUCUAGGAAAAUUCCAAAAGGCUGGAGUAUCUUCAACCGGACAAUGUGCAGAAGUAGGAAAUAGUAUCCUUAUAAAAAAUGGUUCUGCUGUCGAUGCUGCAAUUGCUACACAAUUAUGCGAAGGAGUCGCGUCUCUUAACAGUAUGGGUUUAGGCGGUGGAUUUUUAAUGACAAUCUGGGAUGCAGAAAAUCAAAGAGCUGAAUUUUUAAAUGCCAAAGAAAGCGCUCCGGCUAAAGCUACCAAAGAUAUGUUUGUGGGUAAUCCUCAGGAAUCUAAAAAAGGUGGAAAAGCUAUCGCAGUUCCCGGAGAAAUUUUAGGAUACUGGGAAGCUCACAGAAAGUACGGAAGACUUCCUUGGGCGGAUUUAUUCAUUCCCACGAUCCAAUUGUGUAAAAGAGGAGUUUUAGUGACUGGUUAUUUAGCUAAUGUAUUAAAGAUGAAAUCAGUUGAUAUCAAAUCAGAGCCCACUCUAGCUGAAAUUCUUAUCAAUCCACGAACUAACACCACGUGGACUGCAGGAGACAGAUUAAAGAGACCUCAAUUAGCAGAAACUAUGAAGUUAAUAGCUCGGUAUAAUGCCAGUAUUUUUUACAAUGGCACUAUGGGUGAAAAAGUUGUCAAAGAGAUCCAAAGCUUAGGUGGUAUUAUUGACAUGGAAGAUUUACAGAAUUACAGAGUUCAAUGGAAGAAACCGAUAACAUCCAAUUUCGGUGAUUUAACGAUGCACACUGCAGCAUUACCUGGUUCGGGAUCACUGCUGACAUUCAUGCUUAAUGUUCUCGAAAACUUAGUUUCAAUGAAUAUAACUGAAGAAACAUUCUGGCAGCGAAUCCUCGAAACCUUCAAAUGGGGAUACGCUCAUCGGACAAAACUAGGAGAUGAUAAUUUUGUUAAAACAGAUGAUUUAACGCGGAAUUUAACGUCUAAAAAAUACGCCGAAGAAAUUCGCCGAAAAAUAGUUGACAAUUGGACGAGUAAUGAUCCCAAGUUUUAUGGAACUGAGACUGACAGUCCAAUGGAUUCUGGAACUGCUCAUGUUUCCGUACUUGCUCCGGAUGGAUCCGCUGUUUCUGUAACAUCGUCAAUUAAUACUAUGUUUGGUUCACUGAUACGUUCGAGGUCUUCUGGAAUAAUAUUUAACAAUCAAAUGGAUGAUUUCAGCACGCCAAAUCUUCCCAACGGAUACGGCUUGCCUCCUUCUCCAACUAACUUUAUAGAACCGGGCAAGCGACCGCUUAGUUCGAUGGUUCCAACGAUUAUUGUCGAUAAAAGUGGACAAGUUCAAUUAGUUGUCGGCGCCGCAGGAGGUUCAAAAAUUACCACAGGAGUUGCAUUGACCAUAGUAAUGAACCUCUGGCGUGGAUAUAACAUCAAAGAAGCUAUCGAUAGUCAUCGACUUCAUCAUCAAGCUGCAGUGUCAACAAAUGGACGAGAAUGCGCGGAUAUAGGAAAUAGUAUGCUUCUUAAAAAUGGAACCGCAGUCGAUGCUGCAAUAGCAACAUUACUAUGUGAAGGAGUCGCAUCGCUUCACAGACUACCCUGGGCAGAUUUAUUCACACCAACGAUUAAAUUGUGUGAAGAAGGAAUUGAAAUGAAUCAUUAUCUCGAUGAGAGAUUUAAAAAUAAAAUAUCUUAUAUCCGGGCAGAGCCUACUUUAGCUGAAAUUCUUAUCAAUCCACAAACAAAUUCAACUUGGACUAUUGGAGAUCGAUUAAAAAGACCUAAAUUAUCUGAAACAUUGAAGGUCAUAGCUAAACACAAUGCCAGUAUUUUUUACAAUGGCAGCAUGGGUGAAGAAAUCGUUAAAGAAAUCCAAGGCUUCGGAGGAAUCAUUGACAUGAACGACUUACGGAAUUACAGAGUUCAAUGGAAAGAUCCAAUUACAUCCAAGCUCGGUAAUUUAACGAUACACACUGCGGGAUUACCUGGCUCGGGAUUAAUAUUGACGUUCAUACUCAAAGUCCUCGAAAAAAUACUUCCGAUGGAUAUUAGCAAAGAAACAUUCUGGCAGCGUAUCGUUGAAACCUUCAAGUGGGCAUACGCUCAUCGGACUGAACUAGGUGAUGAUAGAUUCGUUGAGCUGGAUAGUUUGAAACGCAAUCUCACGGCUGAGAGCUACGCCGAAGAAAUACGACUAAAAAUUAAAGACAAGUGGACGAGUAAUAAUCCUAAAUUUUAUGGUGCAGUAACUGCGACUCCGACCGAUUCUGGGACUGCACAUGUUUCCGUAGACGACAAAGGAGAGGUUCAAUUAGUUGUCGGCGCAGCUGGAGGCACAAAAAUAACAACUGGAGUAGCAUUGACAAUAAUAUUAAAUCUUUGGCGAGGACACACUAUCAAGGAAGCUGUCGAUGCUCGAAGACUUCACCAUCAACUACUACCUAUGAGACUUGAAGCUGAACCAAAGUUCGAUGAACAAAUAUUAGAAUUUUUAAAGAGUCUUGAACAUAAUGUUUCUUUCUACGGAGGUCUAGGAAGCGCAGUCGCGGCAAUAUCGAAAAUAAAUCAUCCAGGCGUGACAGCAAACUCUGACUACCGGCGAAUCGGAUCAGUCGCUGGUUUUUAA